AUGGCCUGGCGCACGGAGCGCAGGCUCUGCAAGGCGGCGCGGCCGCCGCGCGGCGCUGGCACGAUCGGCGAGGCCAUCGACAAGGCCAAGGCGAAGGCCAAGGCCAAGGGGAAGGCGAAGGCCGAGGCGAAGCGCGUGCGCUUUGCCUCGGAUGUGCCUGGCCCUGCCGCCGCCGCGGCCACGCCGGCGCCGUGGGCGCUGGGCGCGGCCAAGCAGGCGGCUGAGGAGCAGCCCAGCGGCAGCGGCGGCAAGGACGAGGAGGUGCGCCAGGACUUCGGGGCCUUGGUGCCUGUGGUGGACGCGCCGCCGCCUGCGAAGCCCUUUGCCGAGCUGUCGCUCCAGGCCCUCCUGGCCAGGGAGGCGAAGAUCAAGGGCCAGGUCGGGCGCGCGGAGAUCGCGCCGGCGGCCGUCAAGGAGGAGCAGGAGGCCGUCGCGGCCCGCGUGGCGGAGCAGGCUGACGUCCUCCAGAAGCGGCGCGACCAGCUGGAGGAGGUGGCCGAGGCGGUGCGUGCCAGGAAGCGCGCCGACCUGGCGCAGCACACGGGGCCGUCGCCCAUGGAGGAGGGCGAGCCUGAGGAGGCCGAGGGCUGCCUGGGCAAGGCGCUGCUCAAGGGCCUCGAGGGCCUCGAGGCUGAGCGGGAGCGGGUUCUCUUGCUCGGGGAGGAGGGCGGCGCCCUGCUCGCGAUGGCCGCCGAGGCCCGCAGCCUCGCGGAGAAGCUCGCCGCCGCUGACGCCCGUGCUCGCGAGGCAGCGGCGGCCGAGCGGGCCCGCGCGACUGCAGCCGCAGCUGAGCGGGCCGCCGCGGCGCAGGAGGCCGCUCCCGAGGCCGAUGGCGGUGAUGAUGGCGCUGCUGGUCCUCCUUGGGACCGCAAGCGCGUCGGCGACCUCGACCUCGGCCCCGAGCUCGUCGGGCUUGACGCCGUGUUCGGCGAGCUGGGCAUGGGGGACGAGCAGCAGCGCGCUGCCUGGCGCGCAGCGCUGGCCAAGCGCCAGCGGGAGCACCGCCUCAAGGGCAAGCAGGCGGUGGCCCGCGCUGCGGGCUGGAUGCAGGCGCGCGGCUUCAGCUGGCACGGCCAGGCGGCGCUGCCGACGGGCCCAGGGCCGCUGGAGAGCUCGGGAGGAGUGGCAGUGGCCACUCUGCGGCCGUCGGCGGCCGCCGCCGCGCCUGGGCCCCCUGCCCAUCGGUUCCAGGUGUGCGAGGUGAACCUGGGGUUCAGGGAGCCGUGCCGCGUCAUCUCGGCUUACUUCAUCACGAAGGUGGGCAGGGCGAAGGAGAACAUCGGGCUCCUGGCGGCGCUGCACGAGUUCGUGGGGCAGCUGGAGUCGCCGUGGAUCGUGAUGGGUGACUGGAACAUGGAGCCCGAGGACGUCCGUGAGUGGGCGCGCAGCGCUGGCGGUGCGCUCGUCGCCCCAGAGGAGCCGACCUGCGGCUCGAAGGUCUUCGACUUCGCGGUCGCCAGCAAGGUCCUCACGGGCUUUGUGGAUGCGGCUGAGGUGCUGCUGAGGGCGCCGACGAAGGACCACGUGCCGUCCAAGGUGGUGCUGCGCGGCGUGGGGCCAGCGGCGAAGGUGCAGCGGCCGCUCUUCCCUGCCGCCUUCCCAUUGCCGCUGCCGCCGCCAGUGCGGCCAGCGCCGCUCGAGCGUGCCUUCUCGACCUGGAGCCCCGGCGGUGGGCAGUCGCUCAAGGUGGGCUGCCAGGAGUGGUUCGAGGCGGCGGGGGCCUACCUGAUCGACCUCCGCGAGAUCGCGCCGCCCAGCCGCUGGAAAGGGCGCGCCGGCGGGCUGCGAGCGCAGAGGGUCGAGAUGGAGGUGGCCUGGCAGCAGGGCCUCAAGAGGAGUGUUGGCGCUGCCUGCAGGCGCUGGAUGUCAUUCGCGGCGGCAUGCGCCCGCUGGCGCGCGCUGCAGGAGGCGGCGCCAGGAGGUCGCUGCUGGGCGCCGCUGCGCAAGCAGCGCGAGGUGCUGAUGGCGUUCGAGCUCGAGCGGCCUGAGGAAGGCCCGCUGGCUGGGCUGUCGGUGGCCCGCGUGGUGGGCCUGCUCAGCUCCUCAUCGUGCCAGCUGACGGUGCAGUUCGUCCAGGGGGAGGCGAGGCGGCGCUGGAGGCUGGACAAGCAGCAGAAGGCCGCGGAGUGGCGCACCUGGGCCCAGGCCGCGGCCACCGAGAAGGGCGGCUCGGCGGCCCACCGCUUCAUCAAGCAGGUCGCGGCGGCGCCCGCGGUGGUGCUCGCGGGCGCGGACGGGGGCGACGACCCGCGCAUGCCCGUUGCGGGCGAGGCCGCAGUGGCUGCGCUGCUGGAGGCGCGGCAGCCGCUCUGGAUCAAGCCGUCGCGUGCAGGCGAGGCGGCGCCCGAGGACUGGGGCGUCCAGGAGUCGGAGCUGCCGCCGCUGGAGCUCGAGGACCUCGAGCGGGUCUUGGGCACCUACCGCGAGGGGCUGCCCAUGGGCGCCAGCGUCGGCCUGCGGCUGCGGGCGCUGCACGGCGCUGCCUACCGUGACCCCUUCGCGGUGCACGCGGUGGAGGUGGCGCGCUCCUCGGGCGUGACGCUGGAGACGGGCCUGCCCAGCGCCGCGGUGGUGCAGGAGUGCUGGCUCGGGGCGCAAGGCUUGCUCGACCUUCGCCGCCCCUGGGGGCAGCGCCGCGACCCUGCGCAGGCUUGUGUGCUGGCGUUACGACGGGUCGGCAUCGAUAUGGUGGCCUACAAUGCCGUCAUCGACUGGCAGGCGCGCGUCCUCUCGCUGGAGUUAUACUCGCCUGGCAUGCUGGUGCAGGUGGUGCGCGAGUCGGCGAUGCUGGCCUCGGACGUGCUCGCGCUGAAGCGGCUGCGCGGGCCUGGCGCCUGGGCAUGGCCUGUGCACUGGAAGGGGCUGGAGCGCCUCCUCCACGCGCGCCGCCGCCCCGAGGGGCAGGCCGACGCCGAGGCCGCCGAUGGCGCUGGCCGCCUGGUGCCCGCGCCGCCGCCGCCGCACUGGCAGGCCCGCCACAGGCGAGCGCUCGUGGCGGUCCUCGGCGGCUCCCACUGGCCGCAGGAGCGCCUCUGGAAGGAGGGCAAGGCGCGCGACGGCCUCUGCCGCCUCUGCGGUGGCCGAGGCACGCUGCGGCACAGGGCCUUCGAGUGCGACGCCUGGCUGCCUCUGCGGCGGGACGCGUGCUCGCCUGAGCUGCUGGAGGGGGCGCGGCUGGUGGCGCAGCGCGGGGACGCCGCGGCGGAGCUCUUCGCGCGUGCGUUGUGCCCCGACCCCGCCCUAGCCUUCCCCGCGGCGGCCGACGCCGCGCUCGCGGCCCCGCGCUGGUUCGGCGUGCCGCCUGGCUCGAAAUUCGCGGGCAGGGUCUUCGUGGACGGCAGCGCCAGGUUUCCUGCGCUGCGCGGGGCCCGCCGCGCAGGCUGGGCGGUGGUGCAGAUCGGCCUCAGCAGGGGGGUCAUCGGCGGGAUGCACGGCAUCGUCCCGCGGGCGUACGGGCCCGAGCAGGAGGCCAGGGACGGCGAGGACUACGCGUUCCACAUGCUGGCCCAGUUCUGGCUGCCGUCGGCCGGCGGCUCGGGCCUUGAGGUCUUCUGCGACUGCGCGGGCGCGGUCGGCUUGGCGCUCUCGCAAGGCAAGGCCCUCGCGCCGCUGCAGGCGCGCCGCCACCUGUGGCAGGAGUGGUGGGCAGGGCCAGGCCCGUCGGCCACGGUGCGCAAGGUCAAGGCGCACACGGUGCUCGCAGCGGCCUCCUGGGAGGAUGAGCUCCUGAUCAGGGGCAACAGGGCAGCCGACCUGUGGGCCAAGAGAGGCGCCGCCCUGUGGCCGAUCGACGAGGAGCGGGUCUGGUUCCUCCAGGCAUGCGCCUGGCGCGUGGAGGAGCUCGGGCGCUGGGUCGGCGAGCUGGCCGCCACCAUGGUGGACCGCGAGCAGCUGGACUCGGACGGGGUGGUGGGCACGGCCGACCUCGUCUACGACAUCCCGCAGGCGGCGCUGGACGCGGCGGAGCUGGCCGACGCGGAGGUGGCGGCGCUGGCGCUCGAGGCCGACCUCGAGCUCGGCCAGGCGCCUGGCGCUGCUGCUGGGGCCGCUGCUGGCGUGGAGCUCGGCCAGGCGACCGCUGCUGCCGCUGGGGCCGCGGCCGACGAGCUUGCGGAGGCAGCUGUGGCCGCUCCCGAGCUGAAGGCUGCGGCAGCUGGAGCUGGAGUGGCGCGGGUGGUGCGCGGGCACUGCAUCGUCGUCUCGCGCCUCGUGAACGGCGACGGGGCCAUGGCCUGGUGCCUGAAGUGCGGCUGCCGCUUCUGGAAGCGGUCCCCUCCAGCUGGGACAGGCCUGCUGGGCAGCUGCAAAGGGCGGCCUGCCCCAGGCGAGAGGGCGGCGGAGGCGCGGCGGCUCUUGAUGCGCCUCCAGGAGCCGAAGAGCAGGGCGAGGCUCUUCGCUCCUCAGCCGCCCACGGAGGAGGAGCAGGCGCGGCUCGCGGCGGUGCUCCACGGCGACGCAGGCGCUGUGGACGGCGCUGGAGCUCCCGCUGGAGCAGGGCGGUCGCCGCGCUGGGGGCUGCGGCCCGCCACGGCAGACGCCUGGCAGGCGGCCGAGCUCCACGGCUUCGCCUCGCCUGCUGCCGCCGCUCGCUGGGCGCGGGCGCGCGUGGCGGCGGGCAGGGAGUCGCCCUUCGGCGACGGCGAGGGCGCGGUCUGA